AUGCACGACGACGCGGAAGAGGGCUUGCUGGAAGUGGACGAGCCAUCAGUCUUGAUUGCGCACUUCACCAAGCGAUGCUUCUGGGGAGUGGUUCUUCUGCUGUGUGCCGAGCUGACAUUGGGAAUAUCACUUCCUUACAACCAUCCAUCCGAUAGCCAAAGUUGGUCAGAGCAAAGUGCAGUCUUGAGGAAGAUGGUCCUAUACCAGAAGGUGCGUCUCUUGAGCAGCCUUUCAGAUGAGGAGGUGAGAAAGAAGCACGUGGACGUGACCUCACUCCCGGCGAUUGGACCUUCAUUUUGGCAGCAUGAGGAGGCGCAGAGGAUCGCACGGAAGCUUGGUUUUUCGAAUUGGAAAGGCAAUCGACUGACGAUUUCUGGCGAAUCCAACAAAGAGACCUUUGUCCGAGUGAGUCUUUGCAUCACAGAUGCUUCAGUGAUGUCACUGAAAUUGAUGGCCGCCGUUCUUUCCUUGGAGGCGUCCAUUCAUGUGUGCAACCUGCCCAAUGCAAAAGUGGCUUCAAGUCCACAGGCCAAAGAGUUCGAACGAGUGUGGCUUGGAAAUCGACGUUUGCUUGCCGAAGGGAAUCGCACUGCUGAGUCACGGCGCUUGGCCUUCAAUAUUCCGGCGUCUUCAGUGCGGCAAGACAGUAUCAAAGAGGCUCGCAUGUCUUGUGCAUCCCAAAUCAACGGAAUGAUUUCCAGCUUAUCUGGAGUGAGUCAAUACAUAUCGGAUUCCACCUACACCUGCCCUCCACCCAACGAGGUGAAAACCAAGUAUCCAGCCAAGUGCAGCAUGGGUAUAAGCCUGCUGAUCUUCGGACUGACCAAAACUGCAGCUGCGAUGAGUGACAUUUCUGUCCAGUGCAAGGACCCCACCACUGGCUUGGUGCCCUACUCAAAACACUUCGAGCAAGGCAGGGAGCGAGUCAUGCUAGCAGCCUGCCUCGAUAAUGUCGGACAGGCAAUCAGUUUCCUUGCCAGAGUUGGCUAUCAACUCAACACCAUAGCAACUGCACCUGGCGUUUGUCCUGAAUCUCCCAGCACCUAUGAGCGCGAAGUUUGCAUGUUGAGUAUCUCCUGCCUCAUUGCAGAUCUUGGCCAGAUGACAACCUUCCUGGCAGGUGCUGCAUCGGGUUGUGGGAGCACCUACUUGGUCCCAUUUGCUUGUGCCUCGCGCAUCACCGCCAGUCUCACUGGUCUUUUUGGCGCCAUCUCGGGGAUCGGUGCCGCCCUCGCCUGGUGCGAUCACGCAAAAUGGCCAAAGUGA